UUGCCCAUGUUACUCAGACACACUAAACUACACAUCAUGUAACAGUACGUCAUUCAGAUGUCCAUGUAGAACACAGUACGAUGUAACAUAUAAAUGUCAACCAUGUCAGUGCAAUCAACAUGGGUCAACGAGCCAAGAAUGUGAUAGUUCUGGCACAUGUUCAUGUAAACCGGGUGUGGGCGGAGCUAAAUGUGACAGAUGCCUGGAUCCCUCUCAUUGGUGGAAUGGAAAGCAUUGUAGGUCAUGUGACUGCUAUGAAUAUCUUGACAAAUGCAAGAAUAUCAAUGGUACAACAAACCAGAUGUGUAUAACCUGUUCAAGUGUACCAAACUUUACGUCAUCAUGCGACGCCCUCUGUGGUCCGGGCCUAUACAGGGACAGCAACGGAACGUGCACAAAGUGUGCACACUGUAAGAAAGUAAGCAGUAAUUCAUCAACGACAAACACACCGGCGGAAUGUCAGAGGUUUACUGAUUGGUGUGUUCAGAGAUGUUCUUACAGUGGAUCAUCACAGUCUCAACACUGCAGUUCAUGUCAUAGAGCAAGUUCAGUAUGGAACUGCACUAGAAUAAAAUCGCCCGGUGAACAACCCGCACAGGCCGGCAGUGGGAACAGACCCUUUAAGAACUACUACAUCUAUGUGGCCGCUGGAGGGGGUGCUCUUUUAUGCACAGCCCUGAUCUCGACUAUCAUCUUUGUGAAGAAGAGGCAGAGCUUACAGAAGCCAGUGAUGCCGCUAUGGACGAUCGAGCUUAAGCAAGACGAUCAGGUCUCGUUUACGGACUAUAAUGAUGUUGAUGUGAUGUAUUUGGACGAUUCUUAUCUGAUGGAACCUUCUGAAGUCUUUACAACGUCAACAGACAGUAUGGAUGAGAGAAUAGGUUACAAGACACUGAGCUGAGAUCAAGCUUAGACCAUAAACAUUUAAAACUUGCUUUCUUUUAUACAUAUUGAUCGAAAACCAAAAGGACUGCCAGGACAUAAACCCUUCAAGAAACUUUUGCAAUCCCGUUGGUACUUUUCCUGACAAUCUCUGACCCCUCCCUUUCCAGGUAUACUCUUGAAAUGUGCUGAAAUGCAAGCAAAGUAGCACAGCACUGCAUGAGUGAACAAUGCACUCAUUUCUGACAAUAGAUGGUGCUCUUCUGCAAAAGUACCGGUAUUUGGUCAUUCCAAACACUCAACAGGACAAGACAAUAUGCAUGUAAAUGGUAGCAUAAGUUGACAAGUAUGGAUGCUUCAUCAUGCUUGGACAGUAAACCUAUUCAUGAGUUUAUAAAUGAAAUAUUGAAAUAAGUAUCCAGUCAUUUGAGUCUAUAUAACCUCUGAUGAUGGCUGCUCUCUGUGUUAGACACACUGAAAAUUGAUUUUUUUUUUUUGUGAUUGAAAAUUGAUGACUAUGAUUGUGAAUAUGAUUUUGUCAACUCUUCUUCAUUUUUGUUUUUCUCUCUUUCCUUGUUACUCUCUCUUUUCACUACUUGAAAAGCCAUACUUUGGGUCAGUCAUCCCCUUUCCCCUGUAGUACUGCUAAUGAAUCUCAAACAUGCCAAAUUUACCAAUGGACAUUUAAUACACAGCUCGACUUUCUCUGGCAUGUAAGAAUAAAAUAAUACUGGAUUUCAAUUGCAGAACUUUUUUGAGGGUUUUACCUUUGUAUUCAAUCAAUUAAAUGUAAAUAUGUAUAUAUAAUACAUCUAUAUAAUGUACUUCGUAUUUUAGUCUAAUGUACUUUGCAUGCUGCUCUGGUGUAAAAGCUCAUUGGAGUGUAUUCUUAAAUCCAGUUUAACUGAAGCCAUGAUCUAAAUAUGCGCUUAAAAUGAGGGAAGCCCAAAAAAAUAAUGAGGAAUGUAGAAAUAAAGGGAACAGAUUUUAAGCAGGAACAUUACAUUAAUAUUAUAAUAUUUCUGAGGGUAUUAGCUUUACAUGGAAAUCAGGGAAUGUCAUGUUUGGUGCAAUUUUAGAAAGUAAAAGUGAGUGAAUUUGUGUAAAAUGAAUUGAUAAAAUACGGUACAUGAAAUAUUUUCAGGUAGAGGUGAGUGAAGUUAAGUAACAAUUAAUUAGCAGAGUGCCCGCCGACAAAAUCAAGAGAAGUAAAAAGCUGAAUAUGAUGAUCAAGAAGAACAGUAGGACCAGAGGAAGUAGGAGAGAGAGAGAGGGGGGGGUGGGGAGGGGGAAAGGGACUCACCAGAUUAAUGAGAUUGAUGGUGUUUGUUGAUCCAGAUCGGUACUGCUGUAAGCUGGACCUGAACAACAUGAGAAAAACAAAGGACAGGUUAUCGCAAUGAAAUUAAAAAGUGAAACAUUUAUGUAAAUUUUUUCUUCUUGAAAUUGUAUUGCAAUGUAAAGAGUGAACCAAAUUGCAACUCACUGUCGUGUGUGAAAAGUUGGGAUAUUUUUUUUUUUUUAAUAUUUGUUUUAUUUUGUUGUGUUUAUUGUUUUACAAACAAAAUAUCUAUCAUUAAUUACAUCUGUCUUUAGUAAAGACAUUACAUCAUUAACAGAUCACAUUUUACUAGUUUAGAUCAAUCGUCAUCGAAACAUUUCUUUCUCUUGUAUAUUGUAACCAAAAAUGAUAAGUAACUAUUAUCAAUCAUUUCUUCAUAAAAUUCACCAUUUUCACAUGAAGAGGUAUGUGUUCCAAUGAAUCAACUUAAGAAAUUGUAUGGUGCUAAAAUUAUGAACACAGGUUAUUUAUACUUAAAGAAAGAAAGAUUCCUUGUAAAUAUUAAUUUGUAAAUAUCAAUUAUGUAAAAAUGUACAUGCACGAUAACAGCAGCUUAUAAUGUGUAUACAAUUGUACAUAUUAAAUAUGUUUGCCUUAUUGAAUAACACGUUUUUCACUGCCCUCAAAAAGUAACAAUUGUGACAUAUAAAUGUAUAGUGAAUAAAGUCUCAAAAUAGUGCAUAUUUACAUCAAAAUUACUGCUCAAAAGGAUUUGGCUUGCAGAUAAUAGCUCAAACUCAGGCCAUUCAAGAUUCAUAUAAACAUGAAUAAUUAUCAUUAUUAUUAAUAUUUUAUAGUGACUACAUGUAGAUGAUAGUUCCUGUUCUUUUAAAAUUUGGUUAUUCCAAAUCUCAUUAAUAUAUCAUAACUCAUGAAAAUUAGAUUUUCAUCUUUUAGGGGGUGGGGAGGGGUAUCUUGAGAUUUUUAAUUUUAAUGACAGUACCUUUUCAAUUUCUUUGAUAUAAACAUGUACAUGUUAAUGAGCUACUCGAUGUGCUUCUUCAAUUUAUGAGGAUCUUUUGUUCUAUGAUUAACUUGUUAUUAUUGUACAUUCAUACCUAUAUUGCACUUUUAUGUAAUAUCAUGUGAUGACAUUCAAUAAUUGAAUAAAAAAAUGAUCAUGACCACAAGAAUAUCAGA